GAAGCAUAGACUUCUAUACAACCAGAGGAGUCGCCCCCUGGUGGUUGUUUUGUGUCUUUUUGUGGUUGUUUUGUGUCUCUUUGUCAUCCAUGAAAGCACUAAAGUCACGAUGGAGUUCAGACUGUUUAAUAAACUCAUUAAACUCACAACUCAGUCAGCCAAUCAGAAAGCUGCUCUUCCUCAGAUGAAGAACUAAUAAAGUAAAAUUAUUAAAGUCACAUUUGGAAUUCAGGGCGCGUGUUUCCCUUUAAAAACUCUGAAUCAUUCACCUGAUGAUGUCAUCACCAGGUGAGCUGUGGACUCUGACCCUCUGGUAGGUUGUAAACCAGGUCCUGGGCUCAGGAGGCGGAACCGGAUCAACCGGUCUGUCUCCGGUUCCUGACGAGUUCUUUUCUCUUCUUUGUUCUCCUCGAUGACAGAAGGUAAGAUACUCCUGUCAGGUGUUCGCUGCUCUUUAGGAAACGACAGCUGGAGCUGAAUUAGAGAAUUAACAGGGAAACCAAAAAUGGCAAUACGACAAAACUUCAGAGGAAGGGGUCUACGGGUCCUGCUGGUCCUGCUGGUCCUGGUGCCGGUGGUGGUUUUUAUGACCCUCGUCCUGCAGAAGACCAGAGACCUCAAAGGCCUCAGAGACUCUGAAGCGUCCAGCCGGAUCAAGACACCCUCUAAAGCCGGACUGUGUGUCCUGAAGAGAGACUGUCCGGAGGACUCCUUCAGCUUCUUCAUCCGGACCGGAGCCGCCAACGUCAUAGCUCCAAGGAUCUGCCUCCAGAACCAGCUGGUUCUUGGAGUGGUCUUGAACAACGCGGGUCGUGGAAUCAACAUAGUUCUGAUCAACGGCACGACGGGAGGCGUCCUGAAGACGGGUCACUUUGACAUGUAUGGGGGCGAUGUGGACCCUCUCCUGGAGUUCCUGAAGAGCAUGGAGGCGGGUUCUGUAGUGCUGAUGGCGUCCUACGACGACCCAUCAACCAGGUUGACUCAGGAGGCGAGGCAGCUGAUCGCUGAACUGGGAAGCUCUGCUGUGAAGUCACUGGGAUUCAGAGAUAACUGGGUGUUUGUUGGUGGGAAAGGGGCGUCGGCUUCGAGCUUUGAGAAGCUGCUAAAGAACAACAACAACAAUAAAUACGAGAACUGGCCCGAGCUCAUCGAGAUCCAGGGAUGCAUCCCCAGAUACCUGGGGUGAGGAGGAGGAGGAGGAGGAGGAGGAGGAGGAGGAGGAGGAAGAGGAAGAAGAG